AUGGAUCCGCCUGACUCUGACGCUAUGGGAAUCGACCCAUGUGAAUCGACUUCCACAGCUGAAGACGCGGAUAGCUCAUCCGUUGAAAGCAAGACAAGAGAAGCCAUAAUAACAGAUUUGCGAGCUGCUUAUGAAGAUCUGCCAUUUAAGACGAAGCGCAGUAAUGCAUCUCUCGUGCUGACAUCGAGAAUUAUAGCGUUUUCGAAUUUUGUAUGGUCUAAGAAUAUACUUAAGAAAUAUAUUGGCGAUGAUCAGACUUCCCUUAUCAAAAGCUUUGAGAAUUUAGACGCGGCAAAGAAUGACUCUAUCUGGACUGGAGAUGAUGACAAAGUAACAGCCUAUUAUAAGUAUCUGCUUAUGAUUGCUACUGUGUCUCGUGUUGAUGUCUAUGGGGAUGAAAGCCAAGCUCUUUUUCUCCUUCUUGUGUUGGAAUUGUACCACGACGCACCGAAGAAAUACUUGGAGAUGCUCAUGAUAGCUAUGAAAAAGAGCUUUCCACAGUGGAUACAAGUACUAUCGCACACUCUCAAAGAGAACAACGCCCAGGACAACCAGUCUUCAAGAUCUAGAUUGUCCAAAAUCUAUGAUCCUCUUGCCAGUCGAGGUAGCACGCAACUUGUUGAGCAAAUUGACCGAGAUGUUAAUGAGAAGAAGAAGAACAGUUCUCUGUUCAGGUUCUAUCCAGUGCACUGCUUAGAAUACCAUUUACAUCGUCGGUAUUCCAUGUUUUACGCCAUACGUGGAAUGUCUCCAUUCACCAGUGGUGUCAACCAGGCAAUUCGUGAUGUUAUUGAUAAUUGUCUUAACGAUAUAGCGGAUAGACUGAGGACAUCUCUCCCACAAGACUAUAGCUUGCCGAGAGAAGUUCAGCUCCAAGACUUUUCCUGGGAAAAUACGGAUGAUGUACUCCUACUCUAUGGAGUUUCUGGCUCUGGAAAGACGAGAAGCAUCGAGGGCCUUCUUCACGAACACUGGGGCUACUAUCUUCUGCCCGGUAAUCUCAGUCUGAAUCAGCAACGUGAUUGCGAUAACUUGUACGACCCUCUACGGGGGGGAUAUUCAAGAGAUUCGUGCUUGCUAUGGCAGUUGAUCGAGAAUAACGGCAAUGUUGUGCCUGGGAUGGAUAUCAGCAAAUAUUCAAUUACGGAAUGGUCUCGCCGUCUUAUACUAUCACGUCAUUUGAUCUUCGACAAGUUCCUUGAAGUUGCCUCAAAAAUACAUGGGGCUGACACGCCUGCGAACUGGCUAAGGUUUCAGAAGUCUUGUUCUAAGAUUGAUCCUUUCGAGACUAUAUUCAGGCUACUGUUACUAGUCAAUAAUUUGCCCCAAAGGCUGGACCCAUGCUACUGGUACACUACGACACAUGUGGACAAGGUGCUUGACAAUAAGACUUUCAUUUAUUGCCUUGAUGAAGCGCAGUGCUAUCUCGACACCCUUGUUCCCAUCGGAAAUUCGAAGACAGAAAACCUUUUACAGAUAUUUUCUGAGUACAUUCUAGUGUACGCAAGGGUUGAGCAAUAUCAAGACCAGAGAUACGUCGUCUCUGGAACAUCUCUGGAGUUGAAGAAGACAAUCUCAAUUCUCGAAAGCACUCACAAACUUCCCUCAGUAACUGGGCCCGGGCGUUUGUUCACCACAUGUAAGACAUUUACAAAUUUCCCACUCCUCACAAAUGGCGACCAACUAGCGAAACUGAUCGAAGAGGAUGGGCUCAAUAAGAAAAUCAAAGCGAAUCCGGAGGUGUUGAAUCUCAUCAAGGAGCAUGGUAUUCGGCUGCGGGGACGAUACUUGUGGUCAGUUCGAUAUGUGGAGCAUCUGAAAGGCCACGAUAACUUGGAUUCGACUGCCAUAUCUACUGCCGCGGAUAGCGCUAUGCGGGAAGCUAAGGAGUCCUUGAAGAAGAGACUAUCUCGGCUCCGGAGAGACAAUUACGACGCCAUCUUACAGGAGCUGUGCUGGGUUGUCAUUCAAAGCGAUCUUUUAGACAGGCCGACAAUCUUCGAAAAGGACGAGGAUCAUCAGAUGAUUACGGAAGCAUUUGCCGUAGUCGAGACGCAUGGACAAUCUCUAAAAGGCACCUUGAAAGAGUAUCUUGCUAUGGACGCGGCCAGGGAGUGGUUUCGAGAGGAGAACAAAGAUAUGUAUAAUGACAUGUUGAAAAAGUAUUUACGGUUCUCAACGAACGAUGCAGCAUCUUUUGGGAAAGCUGCAGAGUGGUUUUUAGUAUUGGAAUUGUGGAAUUGUCUACAUCAUUCGGAUCGCAUGACUGGGUCAGAAGGCGAAAAACGUCGUGAAAAGAUUUUGGAAUUUCUUUUCGAGGCUGGUGAAGACGGCAAAGAGCACAAAGCAUCCACAUACCAUCUGGUCGAAGGAAGAAACAUUGGUUAUUCACACGAUAGAAAUAAGAGCUUUGAUAGCAGGUUAGCGAGAGAAUACCAUCGUCACUGGACCCUGCUAAUCGUCAACAGCGGGGAAAAUGAAAAUCCCAAUUCUGGUUCCGUUGUUCCAAUAUGGGAAUGGAUGAAAUCGAUCCGGCAAAAGGAUCUCACACCAAUUGCUAGCUUCUACUUCCCUGAUAAUUAUUGUGGACCAGACAUCGUAUUCUCGUUGGAACCCACAGACAGCUCCGAACCCCGAGUCUUGUGUGUUUUGCAGCUGAAAACGGGGGCUGUGGAUGACAUGGAGAAAGCGAUCCGGACGACAAAUUUAUGGAUGUCUUAUGAAGAUGACGAUGUCAAAGGGAAGCAGAUGAAGACAGAGCUCGCACAUUGGAAGGGCGCAACAGUUAUUCGGAUUCUGGCCAGUACUGCGACAAAUCACCGUCCAGAUUAUGUCGCGCAAUUGGUAAAGAAGGAAAAGCAGGAAAAGAAGGAAAAGCAGCAACAUGGUCAACUAUUUCGUCUAUGCGACAAGAAUCAGACGGCAGAUCUUUUUGGAGAAUUUUUCACAAAUCUGAUAGAUGCGAGGACAUCCUCUAAAAAAGGUAGCGAAAGCGGAGGAUUCUCAAGUGGAGGAAGAAUUUGUCUCGUUAUUCGAAACCCGGUACGGAACGAAAAGGGGGCACGCAGAAGCCUUUCCGAAGGGGGAGGGUGA